UGGGACUUAUGCGGAAGUAGCUGGUAGAGAUUGAUGAAAAUGGGGACACCUACAGAAGAUGAAGUCUUAGCUGGAAUAAAACGACUGAUUCUUGAGGAAAAAAGAGAUAUACUUUGUAGAUAUAUGAAUCCAGAACGUUAUUUCGAUUAUUUGAGGUCAAAGUUCGUAAUAAAUGAAGAGGACAAAGAGGAGAUAGAGUUCGAAAAAACGAGGAGGAAAAAGGCUAGCGUUAUGAUUGAUAUUAUACUGAAAAAAGGAGGCGAUGCUUACGACAUAUUUGUAAAGGCGAUACAGGCAGAUCGGACACAAACACACUUGGUGAAUUUACUUCAUGAAGAGUACGAGAAACGCAAAAAUAACUACUUUGCUUUGGUUAAAAAACAACCCGUGACUACGGCACCUAUCAACGAUCAGUUCCUUCCGAGACCACCGCCACCUCCACCAAUGGCAGGUUUAUGUUCUGAUGAAAACAACCAAAGAGAUUGCCAAGUUCUUCCCCCUCCUACAACUACAGCACCGCUCAACACUCAAGCGAGAACUAAUAAUAAACCGUCCCCAUUACUGGUGGGACCUCCUGUCAGUGAUGGUCGAGCCAGAACUGAAGCCCCACCAGAGCCUUUGGUUCCGUCCUCAGUUAGGACAGAAAAUCGUAUUCCAUCGGUUGUCCACGCAACCACAUGCAGACACACACCGUCUUCGACAAACCAAAGUGCUGAUACUGAAUCUACGAAAGACCAGAAGGAUCAGACGAAUCGACACAAAUUAAAAUUCACCUCCCGUUCCGCAGACCACGCCGAUAUCGACGAGGAAACACAUAGAAAAGAAGUGUUUUCACGCGAAGGCGAGGAACACACAGAGUCAGUGAAGACAGAAAGUGACAGUUCUUCAGAGUUUUCCUCCGAGUCUACAAAACCAAAGGAAUAAAACUGAAUGAUCCAGUUCGGAAAUCUUAAUAGCGCGACAUUUGUCUACAAAUUUCAAACAUUCAAUAUUUCAAAAGGAUGUAUUCGAAGUCUGGCAAUGUUAACUCUGUUGCUUGAACAUAAAGAUGAAAAUGUCUGACAUUUGCUUUUUUGCAGAUUUCGCAUGGACCGUACCUAGUUUGUUCUCAUUGUACACGUGCUACGUGAGUACGGCACAAAUAUGUCGUUAUGAGCGACAAAUGGAAUAGGUUCAGAGAAAAAGGGGCGGGGUUCCACAGUUUUGGUAUUUUUUAAAAUUUUCUUAUUACUUUCACAAUAUGUAAUCAUCCACAGUUAAAACGUCUCCAUUUCUGGUCGUUUCGAUUGUGUUAGUGUAACAUCAAAAGUUAAGUUUCGCCUCGACAUUGCUUGAUGUAACAAAAGAUGAGUUCACAUGAAAAUGCAACGCAAUAUUCUUUGAAAAUACAAAAUCCUAGGUAAAUUUGUGGAAUGCGGUUUCUAUUGUCUAUAAAAUUUCGUCCCUAAAGUAUUUGUUAAAAAGGAAAUAAACGACACUGAUGCAUUACAAUCAUAUUAGCAGCAAUGCUAUAAUA